GAGAACCACAUACUCGUACGACGACUAUGCAGCCGAACUUCGAGAACGACUCCGGGCGACUUGGCAAGUCGCGAGAGAAAAAUUAAUGGAAAAAAAGGAGAAGAUAGCGGAAAAACAAUGGGAAACAACAAAAAACACCGAAUACCGCGUUGGCGAUAAGGUACUGCUGCUCGACCCAACAGUUCGUCGAGGCAGAUCAGCAAAAUUAACACCAAAAUGGACAGGACCAUUUGAAAUAAAAAGUAAGGAUUCAUCAGUGAACUACAGUAUCGGCAGGGGACGCAAAACUGUUCGAGUCCACGUGGAGCGAAUCAAGCCCUACGUUACCCACUAGCCGACCCACUAGCCGACGUUACCGACUAGCCGUGGUGUGCGAGCGCAAUAGCAGUCGUAGGAGGGAUCGAGUCAUCGGUAAUCAAUGAAUAUCGAAUCAACAAUUUUCAAACAUCGCCAGGAAUAUACUUCGAGGAAAUAGGAUCAUUAUAUUUGGUAAAAGGAACAUGGAAAUUAGUAAUCCACAUGGAUCUACACUAUAUGGAAAGAAAAGCAGACGUUUUAUUCAAAACACUAGAAACCCUGGAAAAAUUAUGCAACAAAACGACUGACGAUUCACUAUGCUCCACCGUAGACAGCACAUUAAAACCGUUAUUGAAGAAAGUCAGUUCCUCAAUAACAGCGAUAUACAACUUCGUAGGCACAGGAGAAAGUAGAAACAAAAGAGGAUUAAUUAACGGUCUAGGAACAGUAAUCAAAGCAAUAACUGGGAAUCUCGACCAAGAUGACGCCGAAAAAAUAGACAAAAACAUUGACGACAUAAUAACAAGACAAAAAACUGACGAAGAUAUGUUAAAGGAAAAUGUACAAAUUCUACAAUCUACACUAAAACUCUAUAACGAAUCUACUUCCGAAAUAAUAGACAAAAUGGACAACUUAAUGCAUAUGAUAGAAAGAAUUUAAAACACGGUAGAAGGUCAAUUUUCAACAAUAAAAAGGAAACAAAUGAUAGACGAAAACAUAAACACAUUUACAACGACAGUCGAAGCUUUUACAAGCGACGUAAACCAACUAGCAAACUUUUUAACAGAAAUUUACAAAGGAACAAUAAAUCCUACGGUAAUUUCACCCAAGCAGUUGGCUGACUAUCUAAUAGAAGCAACUCCCUACAUUCCUAAAGGAUUAAACUUUCCAACGAACGUCAAGAGUAGCGAAAUGACUAACUUACUGAAAACAGCAGAAAUUACUAGCUACACAGCAAAACUACGAUUUGUUCUAAUCAUAAAAUUCCCUUUAAUCGAAAAUUCAAUUUUGAAAGUCAACAAAGUAUACCCACUACCUACGAAAAUCAAUGAAAAUCAAUUCCAAUUCAUAGAAACCACAUCUAAAAUAAUAAUGGUUGACAACUACAAAAGAAUGUACAUAACAAUGUCCGAAGAAGAUUUAAACAAAGCCAGAAAAGUCGACAAUAUCUAUUAUUACAAACCGAAACAGUCACUACAAACAAUAAACGGCAAUACGCCAUGCGAAAUAGCGAUUUAUUUAGGAAAUAAUCCCGAAAAACUAUUAUGUAAUCAACGAAUUGUAAAACUCGAGAAAACAUUAAUAAUCGCACUGGAAAAAGAAGGUAGAUGGCUAUUCGUAGCCCCAAAACCCGAAAGCGUAAGAAUAGAUUGUAAAAAUAAAUCUACGACACACGAAAUAAUCCACAAUACAGGAUUACUGGCUUUGGACGGAGAAUGUUCCGCCACAUCAAUAAAUUUUCAAUUGUUAUCUUUAAACGAACUACGACAACACGAAUUUAUAACAUUUAUACCACUAUAUAAUCUAACAAAUACGAUUGGAAUGGUAAACGCUAAUCACCCAAUUUUCAAUUACAGCGUACCAUCAAAAAUAAUUACUAAUCCACUGGAAACGAAUAAAUUAGGCGAACGAAUUGAAAUUCUUCAGCAAAAACUAAAAGAAGAACCGAAUAUUUGGGCACAUCCUUAUCACAUAAUUGGAAAUUACUCUCUAAGUGCCAUUAAUUAUAACGACGGUUAUGUUUAUCUACUCGAUGUGAUAGACACUCUCAGUAAAUUCGCAUGGGUUCAACCUCUACGCGACAAAUCUGCCGCAUCUGUGGCUAAAGCGUUUAAUCUCAUCUUGUCUAAGAAAAAUAGCAACGGUCGAUCACCCGUUUAUCUGCAGACGGAUAGAGGUAAAGAAUUCGUAGGUGCUGCGUUUCAGGAUUUCCUAAAGAAAAAAGACAUACCGUUUCGCAUUGCGAGAAACCCGAUAUCAAAGAGGCUAUUGUCGAGAGAGUCAAUAGAACGCUGA